AAGUGUUACUAUUCUCUCAUUCCUAUCUCUGUUCUAUCUUGUUCCUCCAGAUAAUGUGAUACUAUGUGGAGGUUUCUGACCACAGAGAAUGUCCAGCACUCUUGGCCACAACAUGGAAUCUCCUAAUCACACUGAUGUUGACCCUUCUGUCUUCUUCCUCCUGGGCAUCCCAGGUCUGGAACAAUUUCAUUUGUGGCUCUCACUCCCUGUGUGUGGCUUAGGCACAGCCACAAUUGUGGGCAAUAUAACUAUUCUGGUUGUUGUUGCCACUGAACCGGUCUUGCACAAGCCUGUGUACCUUUUUCUGUGCAUGCUCUCAACCAUCGACUUGGCUGCCUCUGUCUCCACAGUUCCCAAGCUACUGGCUAUCUUCUGGUGUGGAGCCGGACAUAUAUCUGCCUCUGCCUGCCUGGCACAGAUGUUCUUCAUUCAUGCCUUCUGCAUGAUGGAGUCCACUGUGCUACUGGCCAUGGCCUUUGAUCGCUACGUGGCCAUCUGCCACCCACUCCGCUAUGCCACAAUCCUCACUGACACCAUCAUUGCCCACAUAGGGGUGGCAGCUGUAGUGCGAGGCUCCCUGCUCAUGCUCCCAUGUCCCUUCCUUAUUGGGCGUUUGAACUUCUGCCAAAGCCAUGUGAUCCUACACACGUACUGUGAGCACAUGGCUGUGGUGAAGCUGGCCUGUGGAGACACCAGGCCUAACCGUGUGUAUGGGCUGACAGCUGCACUGUUGGUCAUUGGGGUUGACUUGUUUUGCAUUGGUCUCUCCUAUGCCCUAAUUGCACAAGCUGUCCUUCGCCUCUCAUCCCAUGAAGCUCGGUCCAAGGCCCUAGGGACCUGUGGUUCCCAUGUCUGUGUCAUCCUCAUCUCUUAUACACCAGCCCUCUUCUCCUUUUUUACACACCGCUUUGGCCAUCACAUUCCAGUCCAUAUUCACAUUCUUUUGGCCAAUGUUUAUCUGCUUUUGCCACCUGCUCUUAAUCCUGUGGUAUAUGGAGUUAAGACCAAACAGAUCCGUAAAAGAGUUGUCAUGUUUCAAAGUGGGCAGGGAAUGGGCAUCAAGGCAUCUGAGUGACCCUGGAGUAUAGAGGGACUUAAUCCAAAAUUUUAAAAAAACCUUUUCAAGAUAAUCCUCAGUAUGUGAGAUCAGAAAGAGCUUUUAAGAGGGGAAUAAUGUCUUCUGCAGAACUUUCUAGACCAUUUCCAAGAAUGAUAAAUCACAGAGAAGGGCAUUCUUUCUUUCCUUUCAGAGAAGUGUAAACAUGGGAGGAUUCUUGCAACCUGGGUAACGUGCAGACAUUGAAAACAACCCACUGCGUUCUGGAGGGCUUCUACCCUGCUGCAGUUUAGAAGAGUCCCUGCAUAGCCAUAAGAUCUCAUUUCCUGGCACCCUUCCAAUAUUCCAGGCAUGGAUUUCUAAUUUCAUACCUUAGGAUAUAGCAGCUAUCUUACCAGCUGCAAGAAUCAGAAGAUAGGACAAUAUAGCCACAGAUAAAGAACUUAAAGCCGCAAAAAAUUUAUCAUGCUUUUCCAUAAACCCUGUAUUUCUCCAUUAGAGCUUCAAACCAAGAGGAGAAAAAGAUCCACCAGCAUCCACAAUGUUACUUAGUGGCAGAACAAAGCCGUGAAAACUAGAAUCCUUUAGGACUUCUAUGAAUGAGGGCACAAGAGAGGUUAGGAAUAACUCUUCAUUUCUAGACAUUUUCUAUUUAUCUCACAAGUACACUCCUGUCUCCAGCCUCUCAGGAAGUAACCUAAGUCUGAAUGACCUUGGAUAUCAUCCCUCACAAGCAGUUUCCAAUUAUUCUUGUACAUACAUACAAUGGGAGGACCUUUCAGAAGUCAUUGACUUAUCUCCUGAACCUAUAAGAAAUGCUCACUUACCCAAACCACUCAGAAUGGGAAUUCUUAAUUAUGAAAUUAGUCUGUAUUUAUUAAUUCUUCUAUUUAUUUAUAAUGAAAAGAAGAUUAAGCUUGAUUCUAGUAACUCCAUGUGAUGAUGGAAAGUUCCUAACUAUAUCCAUGAAACUAAGAUUGGAAACCAGUUACUGUACAUACUGAGCUUUCUGUCCACUCCUCACCAAAUAGCUUCAGACAAUUUAUCAAACACAUUCUCUUAACAAAUUAGCAUUUUCAAUUCUGAGUUCGCCAAUAGUACACAUUUUUUGCUUGUCAUCCGCUUAUAUGCCAUCCUACCCUGUUAGGUGGAGGGAACACAAAACUCCCUUGUGGAAGUUCACAGACACUCCUGUCCUGGGAAAGUAUCAGUCCUGAGGUAGAAAGCCAAUGCCCAGCUCUUCAAAGCUCUGUCUCUGUCAGGAAUAUAAGUGUUUUAUUGGGACACUUCAAAUAUGUUGGGAUAAACAGUGCACAAAUAGUGAAACUCAAUGAAGUAGGCUGAGCACUAUCCAUUUUUCAGAGAAAAAAUAAUCACUUUUUAUAGGGAGAGUACUAGUAUAUGGGCUGUCACUGGUUUUAAUUUUUUUAUUCUAACCCUCAAUUUUUUUUUAAUUAUACUUUAAGUUCUAGGGUACAUGUGCACAACUUGCAGGUUUGUUACAUAUGUAUACAUGAGCCAUGUUGGUGUGCUGCACCCAUUAACUCGUCCUUUACAUUAGGUAUAUCUCCUAAUGCUAUCCCUCCCCUCACCCCCACCCCACAACAGGCCCCGGUGUGUGAUGUUCCCCUUCCUGUGUCCAUGUAUCUAAUCCUUAAAUUGAGAUAUUCUUUUUUUUUUUUUUUUUUUUUUUUUGAGGCAGAGUCUCGCUCUGUCACCCAGGCUGGAGUGCAGUGGCAUGAUCUCAGCUCACUACCAGCUCCGCCUCCCAGGUUCACACCAUUCUCCUGCCUCAGCCUCCCAAGUAGCUGGGACUACAGGCACCCGCCAACACACCCGGCUAAUUUUUUGUAUUUUUUAGUAGAGACGGGGUUUCACCGUGUUAGCCAGGAUGGUCGCGAUCUUCUGACCUUGUGAUCCGCCCGCCUCGGCCUCCCAAAGUGCUGGGAUUACAGGCGUGAGCCACCGUGCCCGGCCGAGAUAUUCUUAAUAGAUUUUUAAGAUUUAUAUACAAUUCUAACACUACAGUUUAUCAACAAAAUUACUUUUGUGUUCUCCAAAUUGACCAUUUUUCUAGCACAGAAACCUACAACCCCAACUGUGUAACAAUCUUAUAUUGUAUCAUGGGUUUCUAUACUUUGUAGAACGUUUCUAAAGUGUAGUGUAAGCAAUAUACUUAUAAGCACUGCUUGUUCAUAACUUCUCUCUUUAACGUGAAUCUCAAUGCUAGAUGUCUAUGUGUUCACCUUUUAUGAUUUGCAAUAAUAAGUUUAUAUCAUGAUCAACCCCUUAUACACCUCCGGCCACUCAUGUUUGUAAUAUUACAUUAAUUUCAAUUCCAUAAAAAAUGAAAUGACAAGGAAUAAACUGUCUCCAAUUAUA